AUGUCCCACCUCGUGGUGCGCGGCCGGCGGAUCAACUGGACUCUGGUGCUGGUGCUGGGGUAUCUCUUUUACCUCCUCCUGGGGGCCAUGGUGUUCCAGCUGCUGGAGAAGCAGGCAGAGGCCCAGUCUCGGGACCAAUUCCAGCUGGAGAAACUCAAGUUCCUGCAGAACUACACAUGCUUGGACAAGCAAGCCCUGGAGCAGUUUGUGCAGGUCAUCCUGGAAGCAUGGGAGAAAGGGGUCAACCCAGAAGGAAAUUCUACCAACCCUAGCAACUGGGACUUCAGCAAUUCUUUCUUUUUUGCAGGAACCGUUGUCACAACUAUAGGUUACGGUAACUUGGCUCCCAGUACGGUGGCUGGGCAGGUGUUCUGUGUGUUUUAUGCCUUGUUUGGGGUGCCGCUUAACCUGGCCUUUCUCAAUCAGCUGGGGAAAGGACUCAAUGCACACCUGAUCACUCUGGAGAGAUGGGUGCACAAGCCAGGCCGUGCUCGGGUAGUGCAGACGCUGGCAUUGGCCCUUUUUCUGACCGCUGGGACCUUGCUAUUUCUAGUAUUCCCACCUAUGAUCUUCAGUUAUGUAGAAGGCUGGAGCUAUGGAGAAGGCUUCUACUUCACCUUCAUCACCCUCAGCACCAUUGGAUUUGGGGACUAUGUAGUAGGCACAGAUCCUAACAAGCACUACAUCUCGAUGUACAGGAGCCUGGCGGCAAUUUGGAUUGUUUUUGGCUUGGCCUGGCUCGCUCUGGUCUUUAACUUGGGAGCUGACCUGAUGGAAAAAUUCCUUCAGCUAAAGUGGCACAAGCCUGGCACAGCAGAAGAAGCCAUUACCAAGAUGGAAGAUGACCCUGAUCAACCCAGAAUCCACAUACCUAGCUGA